AUGUAUAUCCCCAAGAAGAACCGAUUUGAAAUGUUUUUGAAGCGCAAAAGCAGCAUAUCCAGCAGCCAAAGCAGCAGAAAAAUCGAUGCUGAUGGUGGUAUCAAUAUCAACAGCAACUGGUCUGAUAUCUGUGCAGGUUUUAUCAAGGAAGUAGUUUUACGAAGACGAGCAUCUUUGCAAGACAACACUGACGACAACAGCUCAAACAACGUGGAUUUACUCAAUGACCCAAACCUUUGCUUGGAUCAGUUAUCAGAAUUUCAGAAAAGCUACAUCUCAUUUCCAGAAUUCAGUGAUUCCGCUAUUAGCAAUGAAUCUGAUAAUGAUUGUACUACAAAUAGUGUUACAAACAGCCACUAUUGGGUUCUCUCAUCCUCCUCUUCCACCUCUACGUCCUCUUCCACAUAA